AUGUCCAGUCGUAGAAAGUCCUCCACCCCCUGCAUGGUUCGGGUCAUCAAUGACCUGCCUGAGGAGCAAGAUGACCCGGAGGAGGUGAUGGACAUGGAAGUACUGGCGGACAACAAUAUGACAGAAAAAGAAUCAUCUGAAUCUGCAGAAAAGAGUCAAGUCACCCAGCAGGAGAAGCCAGAGAAUCCAGACCAGCAGACAUUUCCAAAACCAGUGGAAAACCAAAAUCCUGAGCCAUUAGAACAAGAGGAGCAGUCAGGUAAAGAAGACCCACCCUCUGUCAUUGAAGAUGUAGAAGCUAGAGAAGAGAAGGACAAGGGAGGGGCAGAAUCUGACCUAGGGUCCCAGAAAAAGCAGCCCAGAGGUUACGAGUGCAAAUACUGCCCAUUUUCAACGCAGAACCUGAAUGACUUCAAAGAGCACGUGGACUCGAGCCACCCAAACGUCAUUCUCAAUCCGUUGUACCUCUGCGCCGUCUGCAACUUCAACACCAAGAAGUUUGACUCGCUCACAGAGCACAACGAGAGCCAGCACCCAGGCGAGACAAACUUCAAGUUCAAGAGGAUAAAAAUGAACGGUCAGACUAUCUUAGAGCAGACAAUCGAAGGCAAGGACAAUUCAGUUGAAUGUGAAGUGACAAGUGAACAGGGUGAAAGCAGCAGCAGUUCUGUGUUUCCACCUUGCAUAUCCACCACAGUGAAAACCCCAGACAACGUCCAGUCGCUCUAUCAGGGGAAUCCACUGAAAAGCCAGCUGGAUGGCCUGAUGCAGAAGGAUCAGAUCACAGCAGUAAACAUCAACGGAACAGUCAUCAUCCCUGAACCCACCAUCCUUCAAGGGCUCUCCCAUGUCACCCCAAUGCUCCAGCGCCCGCCCAACUUUAACUCUGUACCAAAAAUAGCUGUUCCCUUGAACACCACCAAAUAUAAUCCUUCUUUAGAUGACAACCUGACGUUGAUCACCUCCUUCAACAAGUUUCCAUACCCAACACAUGCUGAGCUGUCGUGGCUCACGGCUGCCUCCAAGCACCCAGAGGAACAGAUCAAAGUCUGGUUCACCACUCAGCGGUUAAAGCAAGGCAUCACCUGGUCCCCAGAGGAGGUGGAGGAAGCCAGGAAGAAGAUGUUCAAUGGCUCCAUCCCUCCUGCCCAUCACAUGUUCACCGUCCUGCCUACAAGUCCCAUCUCUCAGCCGUCUGCCAAAGCUUCCCAGCAGCCCGUUGUCCACACCACAGUCGAGCAUCCAGGUUAUGUCCGGACAACCACGUCCAAUGGUACCCACACUUUGCCAGCUGCUGAUCUGAAGCUGCCAAACUCCCCUCCACUCAUUACCCCACAGAUAAGGAGGCCGACCAUUAUUCAGUCCAUUCGUGCUCCGGCUAAAGCCUCACCCCAGAUUCCAGGUUUCCCUUUGGAUGGCAAGAAACUAAAAGAGCAGCAGGGAUUGGAGCUGAAAGCCAGCUAUCCCAGAGGAGACAAGGUACUCACUCCUAUGGCAGAGGCCAAUGGGACGUCUCGCGCAGACGGCAAAUGGCCCCACAAUCAGACCUCCCCUGCUCACAACAAUGGAGUUAUGCAUCUGGAUGUCGGUGAGCCGCCGGCAGCACAGAAACCAGAUUUUCAGCAGAAGUCCUCAGUGCUGACACAGUUCCCCUUGCUGGAGAGGAUGAAGGGAAAGACGGCGGAACAGUUAAAGAUCUUAGAGGAGAACUUCUUGAGGAACAGCUUCCCCACACACAGCGAUGUGGACAAUCUGUCGGCCACCACCCGCCUGUCUCACCAAGAAAUCGACAGCUGGUUCGUGGAGCGCCGUGCACUACGCGACAACCUGGAACAAGCGCUUCUCAACUCCAUGGGCACUAAGAGGAAACGACUACAUCAGCAGCAACAGCAACACCAAACUCUACAGCUGAAUGGGAUUCACAAACCAAGCACCGGCGUGGGCCAUCUUAAGAGCCCUCCUCCAUCCACACACACUCUGCCCAUCAUUGCUCCAGGCACCAUUGCCCCCUCCGUCCCCAACCCGAAUUCCUGCUCAGUGCCUCCAGACAGCCGAUCCCUGGCACUCCUCAAGGACGAUUUUGCUCAAACACGGUGGCCUUCCCCUGAGGAGUUUAGCCAGCUGGAGGGUCGGACAGGACUGGUUCGUGCCGACUUUGCCCGCUGGUUCAACGACAGCCGGCUGCAGAGCGGCAGCAUGGAGCUGACAGAACUUUUUCACAAUAAUGGAGUAAAUGGAGGGCAGGGCCAGCCUGUGUGCUCACCCGAUAACGCUCCCUCCAGCAUAAUCCAGCGCUGUCAGGAAGGAGCUGUAACAAACAACAACAACAACAACAACAGUAAGGUGCUCGAGGUAGAGUUGGGCUGGCUAAUGGAGCAGCGCACCAACAGCCUCAGCAGUCAACAGCAUGACGAUCUCCAUGACCGGUUCGCUGGCAGACUGAGGCAGCAGAACGUGGCAGAGUUGAAGAAUGGGGGGCAGAACGGGGGAGUCGUGGGAGGAGCGCGGGAGGUGUUCGGGAGCUGGCUGGAGGACGGGCGCUCAAGGAGAGGACGGGAGCUGCUCCUGGACAGAGAGAGGAAGAUGGCAGAGGACACGUCUGGGAGGCUGACUGGAUAA